AUGUUCAGGAUGAAAGGACGCGCUGGUUUGACGUCUUUCGAGUGUUUGCUGAUCGUCAUCUUUUCGCUGCUCCUGCUUACUUGUGUCGGAUUGUUAGUGCUGCUGUGGAUGGAUCAUCGGCCACUAGAUGGCGUCGAGCCAGGGGUGCUCGGCGGGAAGAUGAAGAUCAUAAGCGGUGCCACGUUCAGCGAGGAACUGAAGAAUUCCAGCAGUGAGCAGUUUAAGUCUCUGGCUUUUGAUGUCCAACACCUGGUGAGGGAGGCGUUCGGGCGCAGUCAACUCAACGAGCACUUUACGUCUUGUGAGGUCCUGCUCUUCACCCAGGGCAGCGUUCUGGUGAACUUUGACCUUUGGUUCACUCAGCCAGUCGACAGUCAGGAGGCGGAGCAGCAGAUGAGGGCGGGCCUUCAAGACAGCAUGGGCUUGGUGGUGGACAGAGAUAGUGUCCAGAUUAGCGAGAAACACGUGGCAAGCACAGCGGCUCCAACUACACCUGUGACAGUUUGGUGUCCUCCUUAUCAGACUUCCUGCGCUGACCGACACAUGUGCAUCGACGCCGAUCGUUUGUGUGACGGCAUCCAGGACUGUGCUGAUGCCUCAGACGAAGACGCCAACCGAUGUGCAACAACGUGUGACGGACAGUUCAUUUUGCAUGGACCAAUGGGAUGGUUCUCUUCCAAGACCGACAACACCAGCGGCUUCUGUCGUUGGAUCAUCAGCGUCCAAACUGGAUUUUCGGUCCAAAUCAACUUCUACAAGUUUGAGAGCGAAGAAAACUUUGUCUUUCUGAGAUUGUAUGAAGGAGUUGGUGCUGAAAAGCAGCUUGAAGCUGAGCUGUCGGGCUCCGCUCCUCCCGGGAAGGUGUGGCUGCUGACCGACCGAUCCACCGUAGAGUUUUCCUGGGACGACAUAACCGGCACGAAUGGAUUCAACGCCACUUUCAGUGCCACCAAUGUGUCGCGGCUCACCGACGAGGAGAAGCUGACAUGCACGUUUGAGCAAGGCACGUGCUUGUGGAGACAGCGGCAUGAUGACGAUGGCAACUGGCUUCGAACCAGCGGCUCCACCUUCCCUCCGCUCAGCGGCCCGAGUGUCGACCACACACUAGGAAACCUGUCAGGUUUCUACUUUGUCACGCCUUUGAGUCCUGGCCAAUGGCCGAAGAGCUUCAGUAUCCACAGCCUGCCUUUGGCCCCACGCCCUCAGCACAUGUGCCUGCGCUUCUGGUAUCACAUGUUUGGAGAGGACGUGCAUCGUCUUCAAGUCCUGCUGCUCCAAACUUCUCCUUCGCAUCCUCACACCGACUUCACCCUAGUCUUCCACAGAGACGGUAACUAUGGCGACAACUGGAAUUACGGCCAGGUGCUCCUCAACCUGACAAAAGACACUCAGGUUGUGUUUGAAGCUUUGAAGAAAGGAGGCAUAAGGAAUGACAUCGCUUUGGAUGACAUUACACUGACGUCCGAGCCGUGUGGCCCCGCCCCUCCCGAACCUACCCUUGUGCCAACUCCGACCGCCAUGCCCACUGUACCAGCUGACUGCGGGGGCCCUUUUGAACUGUGGGAGCCAGACUCCAUCUUCAGCUCUCCAAAUUACCCACAAAACUACGGAAACAAAGCUCGCUGUGCGUGGACGCUGCACACCUCCCAUGGUCGAAACAUCCAACUUCACUUUCUGGACUUUGACGUGGAAGCUAACUUUGACAUGGUGGAGGUGAGGGACGGGGCGGGGCCAAACUCUACCUCACUGGUUGUUCUUACUGGCAGCAAAGUCCCCGCCCGGGACAUCUUCUCCACAACCAAUCAGGUGACAGUUUGGUUUUUCACGGACAGCUCAGUUAACGGUCGAGGGUUUAAAGCCAACUUCACGUCAGGACUCAACUUGGGUUCACCAGAGCCGUGCCCUGCAGACCAGUUCCAGUGUGAGACAGGCAGCUGUAUCCAGGUUAACCGUCAGUGUGAUGGAGUGCUCGACUGUCAGGAUGCUUCAGAUGAAGCUAAGUGUGUUGUGUUACAGAGGAACGCUUCAAGUCGUCUCCAGUUUCAGAUCGGCUCUUCUCUGUUCACUGUCUGUGCGGACACCUGGAGCCCUUACCUGUCUGACUUCACCUGUCAGUACCUGGGACACAGGUCGGGAUGGAGCUCUCCGCUGCUUGCCGUGCCAGGAGAUUCACCUUUCACGAGUGUCAAAGUCACCAGUGAUGGAGGUCUGGAAUCUAACGCGAGCGAAAUUUGUGUUGGUGACCAUGUGAUUUCUCUCCACUGUAACAACCAGCCAUGUGGCACUCGUUUUGUCAGCAAUGACAGCGUGGACCAAUCAGCAGCCAGGGAAAUUGAGGACAGAGUGGUUGGCGGGACUGACGCAGUGAAGGGGGCAUGGCCGUGGAUGGUAUCACUGUAUUGGAAGGGUCAACAUGUGUGCGGUGCCACAUUGCUUGGUCAUAAUUGGCUGCUGACUGCCGCCCACUGUGUGUACGGGAAAGAACGACCCCUCCACUUUUGGUCGGCAAAGUUUGGACUUUAUGCUCAGAGUGACGCAAGACGUGUUGACACGCGCGAACUCGAUCGCAUCAUCACCAACCGACAAUACAACCGACUGACCAAAAAUGGCGACAUUGCCAUGAUGCACCUAAAGAUGCCUGUCAACAUGACUGAGUUGAUACAACCAGUGUGUUUACCUGAAAAAGGUCAAGAGUUCACAGCAGGAAGGAAAUGUUUCAUUGCUGGAUGGGGACGAGAUGCUGACGGUUCUCUUCCUAAUAUUCUCCAGGAGGCCUUGGUACCACUGGUGGAACAGGAUCGGUGUCAGCAGCACUUGCCUGAGUACACCAUCACCUCCAACAUGCUGUGUGCAGGAUAUCAAGAGGGCGGAGUCGACUCUUGUCAGGGUGACUCUGGUGGUCCACUCAUGUGUCUGGAGGACGGAUACUGGACUCUCAUUGGUGUCACGUCCUUCGGCAUUGGUUGUGGUCAACCUGAACGGCCUGGCGUUUACGCCCGUGUCUCGUCCUUUGUGCCUUGGAUUGCAGAGACUCAACGCUCCUCCUCGCUGUGGAGGCCAUGACGACUGAUGACCUCAUCAAGCUGCGG